AGGAGCAUCAUGUAAAUAACUCCUCAUUUCAAUGGUUUGGAAAGGGAAACAUUUAUUCUUGGUUUGGGCCUAUUCAGUUAUUCAAGUUUGAGCAAGGAGAGGCAGGAAUAAAUGUUUUGUUAGAGCAAUUUAUACCACUGAAACUGUGAACUGUGACACAAAUGGAUCAUCGGUGAAAGAAUUAAGUGUCCCUUCAUUGCCAAUGGAGGGGGAGACAGAAGGAAGCCAAGAUCUUUCUAGCACACACCCACUAAGAAGUGGGGCAGAGAAAGGUACUGAGCAAACCAAUGACCCUCAAAGUGAGUCAUCCAGUGCUCUUUUGAAACCCAAAGGAUCUUUCACUUCCUGCUCCCUUGGAUCCCCACCUGCCCUCUCUGGUUCAGCCGUUUCUGCCCUGCAAUCUAAAGUGAAGGCAGUGUCCCAGAGAAAACUCAAGGGGAGGGAAAGAGAAGACCUAUUGGCAGAGGUUUCCAUAGAACAGUUGGGGAAGAAAAGUCAAGAUGAUGUGGUGUUGUCUCCUUGUCAAACAGAGAACACUGAACAGAGCAGGAAGUCAAGCACUGGUGAUGGAGAAGUGUUGGAACCCAAGAUUCAGGUGCACACUGCCCUGACCAACUCUGUUAUGGAAGGAGACAAGGAGACUUGCAGAAAAAGUGGGAAAGACACCCUUUGUCAGGGUGUAGCAGGAAUGUCCCGUGGGCUUUGUGAAUGGUCUAGCCUGGAGGACAUUGCAGUAGGCGGUGCUAGUGAACCUCAAGGGGACACUCCGCCAUCAAAAUCAACGUCUUCUCCCAGGCACUGGGCUCCUCCCAAGGGCUUUUGGAGAGUGGCUCGACCAGAGACAUUACAUCUAAAUUCAGAGAGUCCCUCCACACUAGCAACUCCAAAGGAUAUAAUACCUACAACUGAGGAGGAACCAAAACAGAAGCCAAAACUAAAGUCUGUGGGUGCAAUGGUUCACAAGGAGCUGCAAAGGUCUGACAGCUUGGAAAGUGCUUUUCAUAGGUGUCUCCAGAAGGAAACUAGCAUGGCAGAUCCCAUUGUUGGCCUGUGGAAGGCAGACAGCUGGGAGACUGUGUGCUCCAGAGGAGGGACUUUGUCUCUUGCCGAGAAAGUAGAGAUUAACCAGAGGUAUUUGAACCAAUACCAAGUCAAGGCCAUUGAGAUCACAACUUCUAUGCAUCCAGAAGGACAGUAUCAACCACCAAAGGAGCCAUACAGAGAUUUACCUCCCUACAAAUUAGAUGAUUGGGACUCUGCAAUCUUCACAAAGGAGCCUGUGUUAAACUAUAGACCUCUGAUCGCCACCACUGAAGUAACUCUCAGCCCACGUCAUGAGCAAGCAAAGCGUCUCCUAGAGAAAGCUCGAUUCAAAGCACGUUCUCAAAACCCUAAAAGUGAAAACCCCGGCUGCCCUGCUCAAAGGGAGGGACUGGAGCUCUUACCAAUCAGUGUUUCAUCUACAAUGCACAGUGCUGUUCUUGUCACGGCUCAAGAGGAAUUAGCUUCAUCUCAUCAGCAAGUGGACAUCCGAGGCAGGAACCAUGAACACGGCGUGCGCUUACGUCAAUAUGGACAGUCACCUACAAGAGUACGUUUUGAAGAUGAGUCAGAAAAGGAGGCUGAGCGACGAUACCUAGAGCGGGUUCGUGAACGUGGGCCAGUGAUGGUGGAGAAAUCCCCCUUCACCCAGCAGUUAAAAGCAGAACCUGUGUUCAACAACCCAGAAGACAGCAGGGGGGCUUCAGUUAAUUGGGUAAACGUCGGUAUCCCUGUGGCCAUAUUGACCAAAGAGGGAGAGUGUAUAGCUGCCAUGGUGCCAAAGGAAGAAAUACUCAGGACAUGUGAAUCUUGUGGGAGCAUCUUGAGACUUGCACAGACCAAAGAAUCUGCUACCACACCAACACACAGUAGCAUAGAUUCUCGGGUGAAGGCAAUCCCUCGAUGGGUCACCCCUGGCCAAUCAAGUCAAACCAUCUGCCCAACUUUAAUGGAAAGAAUUACUUUCACUGGAGGACACAGCCUGGCUGAAAGUGUUGGGAGGGGAGGUGUGGGCGGUGCGGGUGAAAGCAUGUCAGGUUUCGGGAAGCUUAGAAGAAGGAGCAGCAGAGGUGAAACAGGUCAUGGUCCCUAUGCUCGAAGUCAGGAUCUAUGGGCUCAGAGGAGGAACUCAAAAACCAGGUCAAGUCUGGAGGAUCGAACUGGUAUCUCUAAAGUUACAGAGACACCUGCACAAGGUGUCACAGAAACCUCAUCUGAGUUUGAGAAUAAUGAUCUCACCAGCAAUGUCAGGGACUCUCCUACUCCUCAGCUUCCAAUCAAAUCGGCUCUGAAAUCAGGUUCCAAAAGCAGGCAAACAGGGCAACGGGUGGUUAAGCUAAUGCCCUCGGUUCAGUAUCGCUUAAUUCACCUUGACCACAAGCUGGAUGGAGGCUCUCACCACGAAUGUAUUCAGCCUGAAGAACACCUCAGUGUCACUCUCAGUGCCUCCCCAAAGGUUCUUCCAGUCACCUCAGGACUGCCUUCUUUAACCAGACCAUCCUCUCUCAGGUAUUCCUCAUCAGUGCUGACAACAGACCUCCAGGCUCUAACAAUAUGGGACCCUGCAGCAGACCCAGUCACUUGUCAUUUGGCAAAUGAGGGUGUCAGCAGGGAUACCAGAAGCUCUUGCACACCCUCUGUUCCCUCAGAGUGCCACCCAAAUCUGAGAGCUAUGGGCUUGUCCAAAGCAAGUGACCUUAGGGCAGAACUUCUGAGAGUAGAGCACCGAAAAGCUGAAAUGCACUGGGAUGACAGUGUAGCUGGGUCUAGGAGAGGAGGAGAGAGGGAAGGAAGGCCUAAGUUAUCUCUCCGCCGCUUUUUCUCAGCCAUGGGACUAAACAGUGUGGGUAAGCUGGUGAAGGGUAGCCGCUCCAACAGUAUGGAGCACCUGUGUUCCCCCACUGCCCGCUACAGUUCUGCCUUCUCCAGUCCUACACACAGAGGCCUGGCCCCUCUUCAAAGAACUCCCUCUCUCCAGUUGCUCCACACAGAGUCUCCUUUGGCUCAGUUACAUAAAGCAUCUUCUGUCCAGUGUCUACAGUCCCCAAAGAGGAAGUCUGAACAUUCCACUAUACUAGGAGAGUUACCAUUGCCAUUGAGUUUUGGACCCAGGGAACUUCGGAAAGAAGAGAGCCUAGUGGAGGCACUUGAGGAUUCUCGAGGGACAGGUCCACAAGGGCGGCUGAUACAGGCCUUUCCUGAUGGAUCUUUACUUAUGGAGCUCAUCAGACCUGCCAAUGGACCCUUCGGCUUUGUCAUCUCCAGGGGUAAAGGGAGACCCGGCUCAGGUAUGUAUGUGGAACGAGUUGGAGACAGUCCCACAGAGAACAUCUACACUGGGCUACUGGGUGUUGGAGAUGAGAUUCUAGAAGUCAAUGGAGAAAUCAUAGCUGGACUGACCCUAGAUCAGGUUACACGACUAAUGACCCGUGAUAGCAAAGCCACGAUCCGGAUCCUUCCACAUUCCUGGAUCAAGCACUGAUGCACAAGGAGCAAACUACAGACCAUGGAAUUAUUAAGAUGAUGACAAAGGACAGGACAGUUUACAAAAAAUGUAUUAUGAAGAUGUUGAUUAUUACUUUUAUUUAUCUGUAAGUUACAGUUAAGAGCAUGCACAAUCCAUGACAUGUGCAAUGCAUUGUUUACAGAGCACUAAGAAAUAAAAACAUUUAAACUUUGUGGGUUUUUAAUAUACCUGCCACUGGUCGCCUUCUUAAUUGUAAUGUCUCAUGUAGAUAGAUGGAUGGAUGGUUGGAUGGAUGGAUGAGCAUUAUGGGUACCUGCCGCUGCCUUUGAAGUCGA